AAUUUUUAUUCUUCACAUCCUUAUGCUCACACCUACUACAUUAAAAAUUACCGUAUUUUGGUAAACACAACGAAACUGCAUAUUAUUCCCAAAUGUCAUAUUGUAUUCAUUUUUAGGAUAAAUCGUUUACGAAAGAUUUAUAAUUAUACUUAAAAAGAUCUCUAAAAUAUUUAAGGCGAACGACAUCGGUACAGUCUCUCAUGUCCUCCGUAAUAACCCAGGCUCAAGAAGCACCUAUCGUUGCAGCUGAUACUUCAUGCAGUUAUGAGCAAGUCAAUCCAAAAAUCCAGCUAUUCGUCAGAGGUGUUAUUUUUGAAGUAUUCCGAAACGAACUUUUGUCGUUGCCUGAGUCUGUUUUAAUGUGUCUUUUCCCAAGAGGUUUAAUGCUUGACUAUGAAAUCCAUGAAUACUUAACAAACAAUCGACCAUUAAUUUUUCAAACAGCUGAUUUUGAUCCUUCCAUUUUUGGCUACAUAAUCAGCUAUUUUCGGAUGAUGGAUUCGCGUAUCAACGAUGAAAUACAGUUCAUAUCGCCACCAGCACCGUCUUUUCCUGGAAAGUGUGGAAUAAUCUUUUUAAAAGAAGACAUUGAAUUUUAUGUUUUACCUCCUACCAUAGAACAGUCAGUUGUGGAAACGAAACCCAUCGAUCUUGCAAGAACAAAAGAGAAAGUAGCUAAACAGUUACUUGAUGAAAAACGCAUUUUCGAUUGCCUUCGUGUAGACAGCUCAACUCCUGAAGAAUCUGCGGAAAAGAAUCUAGUUCGUAUGCUGUGUUAUAGUGGAUUCAAUGAAGACGAUGAAUGGAAAAUAAGGACCCAGGAACCGCAUAGAGCAUGCAUAACUUCAGUUACACUGUCGAUCUUGGAUUUUUCCGCUGAUAAAGGUCCUGUUUCUGAUCCGAACUAUUUCCCCGUUUUCCAAAAACUUUUGCUGUUCUGGCAAAAACCCGCAAGAAAGUGUUGGUGGGAUUCUGCUAUGAAAACAAAUUAUAUGGGAGUUGAUUUCUCUGUGUGGGUUCGACGCGUAUGGACUUUGGAACUUGCUGUGUUGGGCGCGACUCAUACUCAACCAUUGGUUGUAUAAUAACUUAUUUGCAUAGACCUUCCUCCUCCUCGAAGAAGUUAAUGGAUUAAAUAAUGAUAAAUACCUACUACCCUUUUUCUAAUGCUCCUACUUAUGUGAUCAUUUGAGAACAGCGAUCACAUUUAUUAGUGUAUUCCUACCUCAAUUGCAAAGUCAUGCCGACCUUGAGUUUACGUUUACAUUAUAUUUUGGUAUUCCAAAUUUGAAUUAAUAAAUAAACUCUUAUCUAAUCCACCUUUCUCGUAAUUAAGACCCUAAAUAAUCCUGUACUACUAAUACAAUCUAUCAUUUUACUUCUUUA